CACUUGCUGAGGCAGUCCAUAUACACUGUAAAGAGAUGGUCGAGUUCCUGCUUCAAAAAGGAGCUGACGUAAAUGCUCGACUUAAGGAUGAAAGGACUGCUCUUAUGAUUGCUGUUAUGGUUGGGGAUUUCAAUAUAGUACAAAUCCUUCUUCGGCAUGGUGCUGAUCCUUUUUGUAUAGACCGCACGUGCUUCACAGCAACAGUUUAUGCCAGAAUGUGUCUAAAAACUGAAAUUUAUAACCACCUGAAGGAACUCACAGGCGGUGAAGGUUUCAGUUCUGUUCAUAAAUGUUCUGGUCAUGAAAACGGUAACUCCACUUUAGAUUCUGAGAUGCAUCCUGAAGCUCCAAGAAAAGAGUCGGCCAGCGUGCUGCUUCCCGAUGCAGGUGGACACGCAGCAGGAACAGGGUCCCUUGCGGAGCAGCAUAGCAAUGGGGUCUUGCCAGCUGCAGGAGCACAAGAGGAGGAAGACUAUGACUCCUGGUCUGAUUCUUCUAGAAUUUUUUCUGUAGGAGGCAGUGGGGCUCCACUUGCAUCGCUUGCCUCUGGGAUGCAUCCUGAAGCUCCAAGAAAAGAGUCGGCCAGCGUGCUGCUUCCCGAUGCAGGUGGACACGCAGCAGGAACAGGGUCCCUUGCGGAGCAGCAUAGCAAUGGGGUCUUGCCAGCUGCAGGAGCACAAGAGGAGGAAGACUAUGACUCCUGGUCUGAUGCUGAGACGGAUCCUGAAGCUCCAGGCAAAGAGUCGGCCAGCGUCCUUCUUCCCGAUGCAGGCGGACACGCAGCAGGAACAGGGUCCAUUAAAGAGCAGCAAAGCAAUGCAGGAGCAGGAAAAGAGGAAGACUUUGACUCCCUUCUGGAAUCUUUGAUUAAACAGCUAGAUCGUGAAAGUCCAAAAAGCGUGUCAGCCAUUGCAUCUCGUCCAGCUGGAGGCAGACACAGUGUGGGAGCAAAGUCAGUUGCAGACAAGUAUUACAAAGCAGGAGCAGAAAAAGAGGAAGACUUUGACUCCCUUCUGGAACCUGUGAAAGAUCCUGAAAGUCCAAAAAGCUUGUCAGGCGUUGCGUCUUGUCCAGCUGGAGGCAGACACAGAGUGGGAGCAAAGUCAGUUGCAGACAAGUAUUACAAAGCAGGAGCAGAAAAAGAGGAAGACUUUGACUCCCUUUUGGAACCUGUGAAGGAUCCUGAAAGUCCAAAAAGCUUGUCAGCCAUUGCAUCUCGUCCAGCUGGAGGCAGACACAGAGUGGGAGCCAACUCAGUUGCAGACAAGUAUUACAAAGCAGGAGCAGAAAAAGAGGAAGACUUUGACUCCCUUCUGGAAUCUUUGAUUAAACAGCUAGAUCGUGAAAGUCCAAAAAGCGUGUCAGCCAUUGCAUCUCGUCCAGCUGGAGGCAGACACAGUGUGGGAGCAAAGUCAGUUGCAGACAAGUAUUACAAAGCAGGAGCAGAAAAAGAGGAAGACUUUGACUCCCUUUUGGAACCUGUGAAGGAUCCUGAAAGUCCAAAAAGCUUGUCAGCCAUUGCAUCUCGUCCAGCUGGAGGCAGACACAGUGUGGGAGCAAAGUCAGUUGCAGACAAGUAUUACAAAGCAGGAGCAGAAAAAGAGGAAGACUUUGACUCCCUUCUGGAACUUGUGAAAGAUCCUGAAAGUCCAAAAAGCGUGUCAGGCGUUGCGUCUUGUCCAGCUGGAGGCAGACACAGAGUGGGAGCAAAGUCAGUUGCAGACAAGUAUUACAAAGCAGGAGCAGAAAAAGAGGAAGACUUUGACUCCCUUUUGGAACCUGUGAAGGAUCCUGAAAGUCCAAAAAGCUUGUCAGGCGUUGCGUCUUGUCCAGCUGGAGGCAGACACAGAGUGGGAGCAAAGUCAGUUGCAGACAAGUAUUACAAAGCAGGAGCAGAAAAAGAGGAAGACUUUGACUCCCUUCUGGAACCUGUGAAAGAUCCUGAAAGUCCAAAAAGCUUGUCAGGCGUUGCGUCUUGUCCAGCUGGAGGCAGACACAGAGUGGGAGCAAAGUCAGUUGCAGACAAGUAUUACAAAGCAGGAGCAGAAAAAGAGGAAGACUUUGACUCCCUUCUGGAACCUGUGAAAGAUCCUGAAAGUCCAAAAAGCUUGUCAGGCGUUGCGUCUUGUCCAGCUGGAGGCAGACACAGAGUGGGAGCAAAGUCAGUUGCAGACAAGUAUUACAAAGCAGGAGCAGAAAAAGAGGAAGACUUUGACUCCCUUUUGGAACCUGUGAAGGAUCCUGAAAGUCCAAAAAGCUUGUCAGCCGUUGCAUCUCGUCCAGCUGGAGGCAGACACAGAGUGGGAGCAAAGUCAGUUGCAGACAAGUAUUACAAAGCAGGAGCAGAAAAAGAGGAAGACUUUGACUCCCUUCUGGAACCUGUGGUACGUUCUCUGAAAGAGGCAGUGGGGCUACACCUGGCUCUCUUGCUUCUGGGCUCAUUUCCCUCUGCUGCUGCUUCUUCCGCCACUGCUCCUAACUUGAACCUUGACAUUCAGAUUAAACCGCUAGAUCGUGAAAGUCCAAAAAGCGUGUCAGCCAUUGCAUCUCGUCCAGCUGGAGGCAGACACAGUGUGGGAGCCAAGUCAGUUGCGGACAAGUAUUACAAAGGGGUCUUGCCAGCUGCAGGAGCAGAAAAGGACUUUGACUCCCUUUUGGAACCUGUGAUGCAUCCUGAAGCUCCAGGAAAAGAGUCGGCCAGCGUGCUGCUUCCCGAUGCAGGUGGACACGCAGCAGGAACAGGGUCCCUUGCGGAGCAGCAUAGCAAUGGGGUCUUGCCAGCUGCAGGAGCACAAGAGGAGGAAGACUAUGACUCCUGGUCUGAUUCUUCUAGAAUUUUUUCUGUAGGAGGCAGUGGGGCUCCACUUGCAUCGCUUGCCUCUGGGAUGCAUCCUGAAGCUCCAGGAAAAGAGUCGGCCAGCGUGCUGCUUCCCGAUGCAGGUGGACACGCAGCAGGAACAGGGUCCCUUGCGGAGCAGCAUAGCAAUGGGGUCUUGCCAGCUGCAGGAGCACAAGAGGAGGAAGACUAUGACUCCUGGUCUGAUUCUUCUAGAAUUUUUUCUGUAGGAGGCAGUGGGGCUCCACUUGCAUCGCUUGCCUCUGGGAUGCAUCCUGAAGCUCCAAGAAAAGAGUCGGCCAGCGUGCUGCUUCCCGAUGCAGGUGGACACGCAGCAGGAACAGGGUCCCUUGCGGAGCAGCAUAGCAAUGGGGUCUUGCCAGCUGCAGGAGCACAAGAGGAGGAAGACUAUGACUCCUGGUCUGAUGCUGAGACGGAUCCUGAAGCUCCAGGCAAAGAGUCGGCCAGCGUCCUUCUUCCCGAUGCAGGCGGACACGCAGCAGGAACAGGGUCCAUUAAAGAGCAGCAAAGCAAUGCAGGAGCAGGAAAAGAGGAAGACUUUGACUCCCUUCUGGAAUCUUUGAUUAAACAGCUAGAUCGUGAAAGUCCAAAAAGCGUGUCAGCCAUUGCAUCUCGUCCAGCUGGAGGCAGACACAGUGUGGGAGCAAAGUCAGUUGCAGACAAGUAUUACAAAGCAGGAGCAGAAAAAGAGGAAGACUUUGACUCCCUUUUGGAACCUGUGAAGGAUCCUGAAAGUCCAAAAAGCUUGUCAGCCAUUGCAUCUCGUCCAGCUGGAGGCAGACACAGUGUGGGAGCAAAGUCAGUUGCAGACAAGUAUUACAAAGCAGGAGCAGAAAAAGAGGAAGACUUUGACUCCCUUCUGGAACCUGUGAAAGAUCCUGAAAGUCCAAAAAGCUUGUCAGGCGUUGCGUCUUGUCCAGCUGGAGGCAGACACAGAGUGGGAGCAAAGUCAGUUGCAGACAAGUAUUACAAAGCAGGAGCAGAAAAAGAGGAAGACUUUGACUCCCUUCUGGAACCUGUGGUACUUUCUCUGAAAGAGGCAGUGGGGCUACACCUGGCUCCCUUCCUUCUGGGCUUAUUUCCCUCUGCUGCUGCUUCUUCCGCCACUGCUCCUAACUUGAACCUUGACAUUCAGAUUAAACCGCUAGAUCGUGAAAGUCCAAAAAGCGUGUCAGCCAUUGCAUCUCGUCCAGCUGGAGGCAGACACCGUGUGGGAGCCAAGUCAGUUGCGGACAAGUAUUACAAAGGGGUCUUGCCAGCUGCAGGAGCAGAAAAGGACUUUGACUCCCUUUUGGAACCUGUGAUGCAUCCUGAAGCUCCAGGAAAAGAGUCGGCCAGCGUGCUGCUUCCCGAUGCAGGUGGACACGCAGCAGGAACAGGGUCCCUUGCGGAGCAGCAUAGCAAUGGGGUCUUGCCAGCUGCAGGAGCACAAGAGGAGGAAGACUAUGACUCCUGGUCUGAUUCUUCUAGAAUUUUUUCUGUAGGAGGCAGUGGGGCUCCACUUGCAUCGCUUGCCUCUGGGAUGCAUCCUGAAGCUCCAAGAAAAGAGUCGGCCAGCGUGCUGCUUCCCGAUGCAGGUGGACACACAGCAGGAACAGGGUCCCUUGCGGAGCAGCAUAGCAAUGGGGUCUUGCCAGCUGCAGGAGCACAAGAGGAGGAAGACUAUGACUCCUGGUCUGAUUCUUCUAGAAUUUUUUCUGUAGGAGGCAGUGGGGCUCCACUUGCAUCGCUUGCCUCUGGGAUGCAUCCUGAAGCUCCAGGAAAAGAGUCGGUCAGCGUGCUGCUUCCCGAUGCAGGUGGACACGCAGCAGGAACAGGGUCCCUUGCGGAGCAGCAUAGCAAUGGUAUCUUGCCAGUGUCUGGAGCAGAGAACAAGGAAGAUUUUGAUUCCUCCUCUAAGAAUGAAGUACUUUCAUUCGUUCGGAUAUAUAUUACCUGUAGCAGCUGUCACACUUCUCUAGCCCCAGUGCUGCAAUGCAGUGUGAUGCUGUAAUUUUGCUGUGGAUUCCUUUUCCCACUGUGUUCCUGUGCUCUCUCACCCUCAGUUCUUUUUAUUGGAGGAAGAAGAGCUUCAGCUAAAGAAGUGUGCUUCGACUCAAACUGACUGUCCAGGGGAAAGACAGGUGAUUCUAUUAUGGACUGAUGCAAAUAACUGAGAGAGAGCCUGUCA